CGUGGCGCUUUUUGAAUGGAAGAGAAGAAGUUUUUUGGUUUUGGGGGGUGAGGGGCUGAUCUGAUCCAGGGGCUGGCCUUUUUGUUCCGCUGGAAGAGAAUCCUGCUUGAACGCUACGAGCAGGAGCACAACACACCAUAAAGACCGCCCUGCGCCGCGGAAGAAGCGUCCCUCUGUGCGCUAGUGCAGGCUGCCCAGAGACAGACGGAGACAGCGGUGCGCCGUCCUCCAGCUCCGCCGUCUGCAGCGCCAGGGUCAGCGGGCUGCAGUCGCCUUUAGCCUGAGCUCCUUUGCGGGUCUAGGGGUUCGGGCAGGGGUAGGGGGCGGGGGUACACCGAGAGGGGGACGACUACACACCGAGAGGAGGGGGCUGGAAGUCUGAGACGCUUCCAGCCUGAAGGGGCCGGCUCUUUGGCCACAGCUGCACGGACUAGCUAGCCUGUUCUCAACGGCUAAGUGAAUGGGAUGGAGCCGGGACCGUCUGGCGCUGUGCCCAUGGGGGUCUUCCCCCCGCCCCUGCAGCAGGUGUUCCAUGCCCCCCGCCGGCCGGGCAUGGGCACAGUGGGCAAGCCCAUCAAGCUGCUGGCCAACUACUUUGAGGUGGAGAUUCCAAAGAUGGAUGUGUACCACUAUGAGGUGGACAUCAAACCUGACAAGUGCCCUCGACGAGUCAACAGGGAAGUGGUGGAAUACAUGGUACAACACUUCAAACCGCAGCUCUUUGGCGACAGGAAGCCAGUUUACGAUGGCAAGAAAAAUAUCUACACGGUGCUAGCACUUCCAAUCGGGAGUGAGAAGGUGGACUUUGAGGUAACCAUCCCGGGCGAGGGUAAGGACCGUAUCUUUAAGGUGUCUAUCCGUUGGCUGGCCAAGGUGUCAUGGCGCCUGCUGCAGGAGACUCUGGUCAGCGGGCGGCUGCAGGUCCCCCUCGACUCCGUUCAAGCCUUGGACGUCGCCAUGCGCCACCUAGCCUCUAUGAGGUACACUCCAGUUGGGCGUUCAUUCUUCUCCCCACCCGAGGGAUACUACCACCCAUUGGGAGGGGGUCGUGAGGUCUGGUUUGGAUUCCAUCAGUCUGUUCGUCCCGCAAUGUGGAAGAUGAUGCUCAACAUCGAUGUGUCUGCAACGGCCUUCUACAAAGCUCAGCCAGUAAUUGAAUUCAUGUGCGAAGUUUUGGACAUACGCAACAUAGAUGAGCAGCCAAAAACGCUAACAGAUUCACAACGAGUGCGCUUCACCAAGGAGAUUAAAGGUCUAAAAGUGGAGGUGACACACUGUGGGCAGAUGAAGAGAAAGUACAGAGUAUGCAAUGUCACGCGACGUCCUGCCAGCCACCAGACGUUUCCCCUCCAACUCGAAAGCGGGCAGACAGUAGAAUGUACAGUGGCCCAGUACUUCAAGCAGAAGUACAAUUUGCAGCUAAAAUACCCCCACCUGCCCUGUCUCCAGGUGGGCCAGGAGCAGAAGCACACCUACCUGCCUUUAGAGGUGUGUAACAUUGUAGCGGGCCAGAGGUGUAUCAAGAAACUGACCGAUAAUCAGACCUCCACUAUGAUCAAAGCCACUGCCCGCUCUGCUCCAGACAGGCAGGAGGAGAUCAGCCGCCUGAUGAAGAACGCAAACUUCAAUUUGGACCCAUACAUCCAGGAGUUUGGGAUCAAAGUGAAGGAUGACAUGGCCGAGGUGACAGGCAGAGUGCUCCCAGCUCCUAUCCUACAGUAUGGAGGAAGGAAUCGUGCUAUUGCUACUCCCAACCAGGGAGUUUGGGACAUGAGGGGGAAGCAGUUUUAUAACGGCAUUGAGAUCAAAGUGUGGGCUAUCGCGUGCUUUGCCCCCCAGAAACAGUGCAGAGAGGAAGUCCUCAAAAAUUUCACAGACCAGCUGCGUAAGAUCUCAAAGGAUGCUGGGAUGCCGAUCCAGGGCCAGCCUUGUUUCUGUAAAUACGCACAGGGAGCAGACAGUGUGGAGCCCAUGUUCAGACACCUCAAAAACACAUACUCUGGACUGCAACUCAUCAUUGUCAUCCUCCCAGGAAAAACUCCUGUCUAUGCGGAGGUGAAGCGUGUGGGCGACACUCUGCUGGGCAUGGCCACACAGUGUGUUCAGGUGAAAAAUGUGGUGAAGACGUCUCCUCAGACCCUCUCCAACCUCUGCCUCAAGAUCAAUGUCAAGCUGGGAGGCAUCAACAACAUUCUUGUCCCUCACCAAAGGUCAGCCGUGUUCCAACAGCCAGUUAUCUUCCUGGGAGCAGACGUCACGCAUCCUCCCGCUGGUGAUGGCAAGAAGCCCUCCAUUACUGCUGUGGUAGGCAGUAUGGAUGCCCAUCCCAGCAGAUACUGUGCGACGGUGCGAGUGCAGAGGCCCCGGCAGGAGAUCAUUGAAGAUUUGUCUUACAUGGUCCGAGAACUGUUAAUUCAGUUCUACAAGUCCACUCGCUUCAAGCCUACCAGGAUCAUCUUCUACAGGGAUGGAGUGCCCGAGGGACAGCUGCCACAGAUUCUCCACUAUGAGCUCUUGGCCAUCAGGGACGCGUGUAUCAAACUGGAGAAGGAUUACCAGCCUGGCAUCACCUAUAUUGUAGUGCAAAAACGCCACCACACACGCCUCUUCUGUGCGGAUAAGUCUGAAAGGAUUGGAAAGAGUGGUAACAUUCCUGCAGGGACCACAGUGGACACCAGCAUCACUCAUCCCUUUGAGUUUGACUUCUACCUGUGCAGCCAUGCAGGCAUACAGGGUACCAGCAGACCGUCCCACUACUACGUUCUUUGGGAUGACAAUCGCUUCACUGCGGAUGAGUUGCAGAUCUUAACCUACCAGUUGUGCCACACGUACGUGCGUUGUACCCGCUCGGUCUCCAUUCCUGCUCCAGCCUACUAUGCGCGUCUUGUAGCCUUCCGUGCCCGCUACCAUCUGGUGGACAAAGAACAUGACAGUGGAGAGGGCAGCCACGUGUCCGGUCAGAGUAAUGGCCGGGAUCCUCAGGCGCUGGCCAAAGCCGUGCAGAUCCACCAUGACACCCUGAGGACCAUGUACUUCGCCUGAGCAUCUUCAUGACCCCUCCCACCUCAUACUUACGUCUGUGGGCAGCUAGUCCACUGCCACCUCAUCCCCAUCCCUUCUCCCCAGUGACUGCCCACUACACACCCUUUAUAGACCUGUCAGUCAUCAGAACCACAAACAAGCCCUCACCUGUGCCACAUGGGCACUCGACAGCCUCAUGCACUCAAACGGUUUGAAUUUUGUUGAUUUUUACUUUUACCAGGACUAUUGUUCUUUUUAUGUUGACUUUUUAAAACCUGGGUAUUAAUAUGUAAUUGUAUUGUAAGCUACCUUCUCACUCCUAUCUAUGUAAGUAUGCAUUACGGAUAGGGGAGAAAUGGGCAAGAAAAAGAUAAUAUCUGAAAAUAUCUUUUUUACUGCCACCACGAUGCUGCCUCCAAACCUAUCCGAAUGCCAGAUGCCAGUGUUCUUUGUCCUUAAGUGUGGGCAUCUUACGUGGCACUGGACGCACACUUACAUGUGUCAUUUCACUUAUGAUUUUGUCUUGCUUUGGGAUUAUGUUUUUAAAUAUUUUUACUGCAUUACGGAGUAUUUGGAGUAUAUGGUACAUUAGCACUUAGUGAUAGUAUGUAGGUGCCACAAGUCCUGCACAUACAAGUUUGUCAGUACGUACUGUACACUGAAGGCUAGUCUCCUGGCCAGGGACACAAGGAGCAGGCAUAGCAUAUCAUAGACACAGAAGAGAUCUUCUUUCACUCUCUGUGCUGGCUGGCACGUCCCUUAGAGAACUAGCCUUAGGCAUCUUAGAGUAACAGUAGAGGGACCAUUUGUUUAGAGUGUGUCAAAUAUAUUGUACUUGCACCCCAUGCACCUAAACCAGCAUUAACCAGCCAAAAGUGAUGCCAACCAACGGAAACGGGCACUUAGACAGGAAGAUAAUCUUUUUCUGCUUUUUAGGAUUUUUGAGGCACUUUUAUUUACUUUUUGUUUAAUUGCUGCAAAAUGAUGAGUUUUCUUCCUGAGUAUGACAUAGAGUAUAUAUAGUUUCUCACACUUACACUUGCUUAGCUAUCAUAACAAAAAUGGCAACUAAGGCAAUAGAUAAGGUCAACACACCUCAGUAGAUUUGAAUGCAGGCAACUACAAAAGUCUGUGACCACACAAGUGCUGUAAAGCUGAACUUAAGAUUCAGCCAUUGACCUUGCUAUGAUCAUUGUGCACAUUCCAGCCUGUAUUAGCAGAGCUUACGCCACAGCAUGCACCCUAAACAUCCAUCCACACACUCCGGCGCUCACGUGCACAUACCCACUCUACUGUAUCAACAGCAUUAUUCAAAGAUACUUUCCCUCAAAUAUGUGUCACUCAUAGCCUUGUUGGCAGAAGCACAGAUCUUUCUGCCUUGAGUCUCUUCCAUUGUAUGCAGACUUUUUAAUGCACUUGUCCUUUUAUCCUUAUUACUAAAAAUAGUCGCUAUGACCCACACAUCAUUUCACCCCAUCACCUUAUAUGUUGUGACUUUGAACCAACCACACCUGCAGCACUCCUGGCCCGAUCCCCAAGCCUGUGCUCGCCACUCCCUAUUGGUGCUCUGUGUGCAUGGGCAGCACAGGUAGGGGACUGCUGCAUCUAAAAAGAAUGGGCAGUUAUCGCUACGGAACAUGCCCUGCCUUUACAUCUAGUCACUUUUAGGAGUCAAUGAAAAAAUGCAUGUAAUAUUUUUAUGACUGGAUAUUCUGAGCCACCUUAUUCUGGUUUCUUAGAGGUAGGAGCUGUGUGCUCACCACUGCCUGUCAGUUGUUUUGCCUCGAUUGUGUAAUAGUUAUAAAGACUGCUUAUUUUCUUUUUUUUUUUUGUUAUUAAUUAUAUGAAUAUUGUGACUAGUGUCAAAGUGUAUCCUCAAGAGGGCACUGUAGAGACUGUCUCAAAGUUCCACCUCAGAUGCCCUUAAAGCGCCUCAAAUCUUGUCUGAUGGGUAAAGCCCUUUGAGUUGAAAGGGAUCAAAAGAGAUCAGAUAAGUGUGAUUUUUAAAUCAUCUUUAUGAACUUGCGUAAUCAAAAUGCCUUUGUACACCAUUUUACUGAUUCUUCAUUGUGUCCAAGGUGAUUUGUAUAUAUAAAUGCAUAUAUAAUAUUAACCUGUUAUGUAUUCUGGCUCACCCAAAGCUGGGCCUGUCACAGUUGGGGGCCAGUGUAUUCUUACCCCCUUUCUGUACUUAAAAAAUGAGUCUGGGGGCAUUAUCCAGCACCACUGAAUCCAGAUGCAGUUCUUCACUCACUGAAGCCACAAAGCACCUUGUAACCGGGGGAGACCAAUGACAGUCCCCCCUUCCAAUGCAUCAUGUGGACAGCGGAGAGGGCUCUUCUCUCCAUGCAGCCUCACUGUCUGACUAAGCAAUAUCGAAGCCACUGAUCAAGAACAGUCCUUGUCAAAGCACUUCCCAAUACAUUUGAAUGAAAGGACAUGGAAGCAUACUAUUUUGGCUCUGUAUGUUGGGGAGGGUUAUUUUUUAAAGAAAAUAAAAUUGUUUUUUAUU